CAACAGGAAUAAAUACAACUCUUCACCCACUUUCGGUCUUCUUCAUCAUCAUCCCGAUCAGCCCUGGGAGGAACAAGGACGCCGUCUGUCACUUCAGCUGUCGUUUAGGAGAGAAAAAUAAAAACUCAAGAUGACUCAUCAGUUCCCAGGCCUGUCUCCGGCGCAGAAGAAGGAGCUCGCCGACAUUGCGCAGAGGAUCGUGGCCCCGGGAAAGGGAAUCCUGGCGGCGGAUGAAUCCACAGGCACCAUGGCGAAGAGGCUGCAGAAAAUCAACGUGGAGAACACGGAGGAGAACCGCCGCACCUUCCGGGAGAUCCUUUUCUCAUCCGACCCCUCCAUUGCCAACAGCAUAGGUGGGGUCAUUUUCUUCCAUGAGACGCUCUACCAGAAGUCAGACAGUGGUAAACUCUUCCCCCAGGUCGUCAAGGAGAAAGGGAUGGUUGUUGGCAUCAAGGUAGAUAAAGGCACAGCUGGUCUCAAUGGAACAGAUGGGGAAACUACCACCCAAGGUCUCGAUGGGCUCUCGGAGCGGUGUGCCCAGUACAAGAAGGACGGCUGUGACUUCGCCAAGUGGAGGUGCGUGCUCAAGAUCUCGCACGGCUGCCCAUCGGCUCUUGCCAUUGCCGAGAACGCCAAUGUCCUUGCCAGAUAUGCCAGCAUAUGCCAACAGAAUGGCCUGGUGCCCAUCGUGGAGCCAGAGAUCCUCCCUGAUGGCGACCACGACCUACAGCGGUGCCAAUAUGUUACAGAGAAGGUCCUGGCUGCUGUGUACAAGGCUCUGAACGACCACCACGUGUACCUGGAGGGCACCCUGCUGAAGCCCAACAUGGUCACCGCUGGACACUCCUGCACUAAGAAAUACACCCCCGAGGAUGUCGCCUUGGCCACAGUUACCACCCUGAGGCGCACUGUACCCGCUGCUGUGCCCGGCAUCUGUUUCCUUUCUGGAGGCCAGAGCGAGGAGGAGGCCUCCCUCAACCUGAACGCCAUCAACCAAGUGCCCCUCCACCGCCCCUGGAAGCUGACCUUCUCUUACGGCCGUGCACUCCAGGCCUCUGCUCUUGCAGCCUGGGUGGGUAAAACCGCCAACAAGAAAGCUGCACAGGACGCUUUCUGCUCCAGGGCCAAGAUCAAUGGCCUGGCCUCCAAAGGAGAGUACAAGCCCGCCAACACGGCUAGCCAGGCCGCCAUGCAGUCCCUUUACACCGCCAGCUACGUCUAUUAAAUACUACGAACACUAAAAAUGACAAAUGGACCAAAUGAAGAUGUUCAGUUUCCCUGCAUCAUUAAAAGCGAGAGAGGAUUUCCACCACAAUGUUGAGCAACCGUUUGCUAGCUUUAUGAAAUCAAGGGAAAUAAACUAAAAAU